UAACAUAAUAAAGUAAGUCAGUCCUUCUCUGCAAACAACAACGCACCUCCCUAUGCUGACUCCCUUCAUCAGCACAGAGAAUCCUGAACCAGAAUACAGGAACACGUUUCAGCAGAGCACAAGGCAAAGAAAAAUUAAAUCAAAUUCCAAUAAUCAGACAAAUGGAUCCCAGCCAGUCUUUCAAUCAGCCACCAGGAGCCUGGGAUUCAUCUGAGAAAUCAGCAACUGUGCAUCCUUCAGCACCACCACCAGCAGACCAGGACAAUCUUGCUGGAUAUCCUCCCUCCUUCCAGGUCCCCCAAGGCCCCUACGCCCAGGGACUGUAUCCAGGACAAACUGUGGUUGCUGUACAGCCUGGAGUUUUUGUGACCGUUGCUCCACUGGCCAAUCCAUUGCCAGAUUACUUGAGGUACUCCGUCUUUACCAUGCUGUGCUGCUGUUUUCCUCUGGGCAUUGCUGCGCUGGUUUUCUCCUGCUCUACUCGGAACGCCAACCUCUUAGGACAGCGAGAAUUAGCAGAGAAGAACUCCAAAACGACACUCAUCCUGAAUCAUGCCGCCCUUGGUACUGGUCUCGUUCUCAUUGUACUGUUGAUUGUCAUCAAUGUUUUAGCUAUGACUUCAUAAAAGCUGAUAGAGCUGUCAUGAUUGGAUGCAGAUUACAAACAGAUUUGAUUCUCUGCAUUGUAAAUGCCAUUUGCUCAAUGUAUCAUUAAAGCCUAUACGACAUGUGCUUUAAGGCUGAUUAUUGCAUGUUUAGACUUUUUGCUUAUCUUGUAUGCAGCUGUGCUAAUUUGAGUUUUUUUACAUACAGUUUUAUUUUGUAUGUGGGCAUAAUUCUAUCAUAAAUCUGUCUGUCUGU